GAAGCUUGUAGUAACCUCUGCAGUCGCGCACCAGCGCGGCGCCUUCGUUUAAACAAAUGUAAGUCGCGCAGCGCAGCGCGGCACGAGAUAUGUUGUUUGUUCGACCAGCUUACACCAUUAGACCUUCAAAAUUCACUUUCUCUAAUCUUAUAUUAAUAAUAACUUAUUCACAGUGUCGUAGGUUAAUUAAAGAAAAUUGAAUAAUUGAUCUUUGAAAGCUAACCACAAAAGAUUAUGGAAGUGGACAUAACGUGUGAUGGCUACGAAGAGACGUGUGUAGUUUUGGAAAAUGGCUACAUACUAAUGUCCUAUUUAGAUUUAUACCCCAAACCAUUCAGUAUUUUUUAUGAAAAAAAUGGCAAGUUAUAUCCUACUAAAAAAGAAGAAAACAAAUUUAAAGCCGUUGAUGGUAUUUCGAAAUACAAAGUUGUGUUUACGCCAACUUCAACCUCAAAAUCAUCUUUGACUGAGCAACAUCAAAUAAAAUUUUCAGAUAUUAUGAGUAACAUACACGAUUUCAGCGAAAACAGCAAUGACAAGAAUAAACCGAAGAUCAGGCCUAAAAUUGGUAAAAAGAAAACCGCGGAGAAACCAAGACUUAUUAACGUAGCUUGGUUAAAUAGAGAUGGUGAAGAUUUACCCUUUGAAAAAAUGGGUAAAAAAAAAGACAUGAAAAUACGUGAACUAAAAGAAGUUUUAAAAGAUGUGAAGAAUCUUAAUAUAAAAGAGAAAACAAUGGAGGAGCACACUAAAAAGAAAAGAAAAGAUUCUACAUUAGAUGAACCUAUAGUUGAUUUGAAAAAGCCGAAAAUUAUACCUACCAUUAACUUAUCGUCGAAGAAAUUGAGUGAAACAAAUAAUUUCGAAAUAUCAAAAAACAAGUUCGUCCAUAAAUCAUCACAUGAAACUGAUGAUUCACCUUCAAAAACAGAUAAUGAAAUAAAAAGUUCACAGUCGUCAAUAGAAAAUGCCUUCGGUAAAACAAUUUCAUCAACUUAUACUCGAUUUCCUGAUCCGUUUAAACGUCCAAUUGGAAAACCUAUACCUCGAAAAUGUUCGAUUGAAUUGGAUAACGUACAUAAACUACCUUUACCUUUCAUGACUGAAAUUAAAAACUCACACUUAACUAUAACAGAACAGUAUUUUGGAUCUGGAGCUUUUGGAACUGUAAAACUUGGAUACCACAACCGAACAGAAGUAGCGAUCAAGGUUAUAGAUAUUUUAGGUACUACAUCAAAAACCAUUUUGAAAGAGAUAGCCAUUUUGAGAGAAAUUAAUCAUGAAAAUAUAGUUUCUAUUGUCGGAGUUUGCUGCCAAUUUAGUGAAUUUUGGAUUGUUAUGGGCCUUGUUAAAGGACAUAACUUGAAAGGCAUUAUAUACAAACCGAAUAUAAAGAAAUUAUAUGGUUUACUCGAAGAGGAUAAAUCUUUUUCAAUUUUGGUCAAUUUUAGUACUCAACUUUUAAAAGGAAUGACAUAUAUAGAAAAUCAUCAUCUUGGUAUAACGCAUAGAGAUGUAAAGCCGACGAAUAUUUUAAUUAGUACAGAGUUCAAGCAACUUAAAAUUUGUGAUAUGGGUUUAGCUAAAGUGAAAGAAUUCGGUUCAUUACUUCUGACAACUCAAGGUAAAGAAAUUACUGUCGGUACACGCCCAUACAUGGCACCUGAGGUAUUGAUAAAGAAAGAAGAUGGAACGUUUGAAUUAGCGUCCAAGUUCUCGGACGCCUGGGCUGUUGCUUGUACUCUGAUUGAAAUGUUUCAAGAGAAGCAUAUAUGGGACGUAGGCGGCACAUACGACUACACUCAUCCGAUCACAUUUUUAAGAAAAAAACAAGAACCACUUAUAUUAGAAAAAGUACCGAAUUUAGUUAAGAAUAUUUUAAUUAAAGGUCUUAAUUAUGAUCAUAAAAACCGAGCAACUUGUGAACAAAUGUUUCAUGAGUUUCUUUGUCUGUAGCUACGAAAAAUUUUUUAAAAGUCUUAGUUAUUUUAUGAAACGGAAGUAUUAUGCUGCACUAAUAAGUAUACAAAAUGAGCAAUAUUAAACAAAUUUUGUAUCAUGAUCUUGCGAUAAGUAUAAUUUGACGUGAAUAUAAUUUUUAACGUGUUGAGAAAAACAAUGUACAUCAAAUGUAAUAACAAAGAGUUUAUGUAUACUACGUUUUAAUAAAACUAUUUGUGAUUCGAGGUUG